UCUGCUCCCCACAGAAUGGGUCUGCUCCUGCCCCUGGUGCUCUGCGCCCUGGCUGUGGGCUCUGGGGCUACAUCUCCACCCCUGCCAGUUUUCAACCCAUCGCCUUUACUCUCCCGUGGCUGCAAUGACUCAGAUGUGCUGUCAUUUGCUAAUUUUGCCCUGGGGGACAUCAACAGGGACCGCAAGGAUGGCUACGUGCUGAGCCUCAACCGAGUGAGCGAUGUCCGUGAACACAGACAGGAUGGACCAGCAGCUCUGUAUUAUCUCACCCUGGACGUGAUAGAGACUGACUGCCAUGUGCUCAGCAGGAAGUCAUGGAAGGACUGUAAAGGGAGAGCACUGUUCCAUUCAGUUUAUGGUCAAUGCAAAGCAUUAUUUUAUAUGCACAAGACAGCUAGAAUUCUCCAUACACUUUCUUAUAACUGUACUCUUCGCCCAGUUUCUAAAAGAAGCAUUCUUCGAACAUGCCCUGACUGCCCAGUGCUUGGUGGUUCUGUCUCCCGUGACUUCUCAGAUCCCAGUGUUUUGGAAACUGCCACUGAGUCUCUUGCAAAAUACAACAGUGAGAGCACCUCGAAGCAGUAUUCUCUGGUCAAAAUCACCAUGGUUUCUCGCCAGUGGGUGGGUGGACCUUCAUACUCUGUGGAAUAUUUAAUCAAAGAGGCACCUUGUACCAAAUCCCAGGCCAGCAGCUGCACGCAUCAGUCUCCUGACUCAGAGGCUGUUGGCCUUUGCAAAGGUUCUCUGAUAAAAAGUAGCAGAGUAAAGCCUGUCUCUGUGACAUGUGACUUCUUUAAAUCACAGGCCCCUACUCCUGGUGGUGAAAACUCUGCUGUUAACCUGGGUCCUGUGCAACUGCCCAAGGUGGAAGACUCCCAGCAGAAAAAGUCAGCUCCCACUGAUGCACCAGCCACAGCAGUGCCAAAAGGAUCUGUCCAAUACCUCCCGGACCUAGGUGAUGAGAAGCCCCAAGGGUCCCAGGAAAGUGUUCCUGUGGAGGCCUUCCCUGUGCAUCUGGAUCUAACCAGGAAUCCCCAGGGAGAACCUGUGGAUAUCUCCUUCCUCUUCAUGGGGCCUGAGAAGGAGACAGUGCUGGUGCUACCUUUCCCCUCCAAAGAACAACGCUCUGCUGAGUGCCCAGGACCAGCCCAGGAGGACAACCCUCUUCUUCUUCCUCCAUAA